CCUCCCACCCCCGCGCCGCGCGGGCGGGGACCCACCGGUUCCGCUCGGUAUUUGCCGGCGGAGAAAGAGGACCCCCGCGAGCGGGACCCCGGCGUUUGGCUGCCCAGCCCGGUUCAGGCUUGGACCCGCAUGGAGGGGACCGUGGAGUCCCAGACGCCUGACCUGCGAGACGUGGAGGGCAAGGUGGGCAGGAAGACCCCUGAAGGACUGCUCCGCGGGCUGCGAGGCGAGUGGGAGCCGGGAACCUCUGGCGCGCUGCUACUCCCGGGGGCGCCCAGCAGAAGCCACAGCCUGGGGGACAAGAUCAUGGCGCUGAAGAUGGAGCUGGCUUAUCUGCGAGCUAUUGAUGUGAAGAUCCUGCAGCAGCUGGUGACCUUGAACGAGGGCAUUGAGGCAGUGCGUUGGCUGUUGGAGGAGCGGGGGACACUGACCAGUCAUUGCAGUAGCCUCACCAGCAGCCAAUAUAGCCUGACAGGCGGGAGCCCAGGCCGUUCAAGGCGGGGCAGCUGGGACAGCCUGCCAGAUACCAGUUCUACUGACCGGCUGGACAGUGUCUCUAUUGGCAGCUUCUUGGACACCGUGGCCCCCAGGGAGCUGGAUGAACAGGGUCCCCCAGGGGCUCCCUGUCCUGAGAUUGACUGGACAAAAGUUAUACCUGGCGAGGAAAGGGCCAGGACUGAGGUGGACCUGACAGCCACCAGGCUAGGGAGCUUAAGGGCUGUGAGGAAGCCUCCAGGUGAGGGGCUCCAAGGUGGACCAUUGGAGCCACCAGAGGAUGAAAGUGCCAAGCUGGACUUUGAGGCCCACUGGUACUGGGGACAGUGCCAGGAUGAUGUGACCUUCUUGUAACAACUUCCCCAAACUUUUGGACUCCUAUAGAUCUUUCCUCCCUUGGCCCUGGUCUCCCACAAAAUUUAUUCUCCAUCUGUCAAGGAGUUGGAAUAGGAUGCACUGAAAAUCAGUUACCAUGAAAACCUGGCUCACCAUUCCUCCUGUCCUAGGGAGUCUCUACCAUUAUCCCUCAAUUAUCAGGUCCCUAGAGCUAUUUACAUAGACAGUUUAACUCCAGAGACUUGGUGGGUAUGUCCUGGUGUGAGGGUAUUCCUAUCCCCUCCCUCUGGCCCCAACCCCCAGGUAGGGAUUUAUGACCCAUAGGAGAUAGGGAUAUAAUUACUUCAUUCAAAGUCUAGAAGUCUUGCCUCCUCUUGGCCAAGAUGGAAGACUGAGACAUUCAGGGCCAACUCUGCAUGAAUUAGCUCUCCCAGAAGCCUUGGCAGUUGGUAGACUCACCCCUUCUUACCUGCUGAAUGAUGUCAUUUCCUGCUAGGAUGUACUAACCUUUUGUCUGUCUCAGUCCUUGGAUGGUCCAUAUAAGGGUGUCUGAGCCUCUGCUGCUAGUGAGACCAUAUCAUUAAUAGCCUUACCAUUACUUAUGUGAAUGGCAACACAUCACCCCUCCUGGCAGCAAAGUUUCUCGCUGGUGGAUGUUUGUGCUACUUUUUGGAAGGUUCUCACUUUUCAAACAGGGAAUUCUCAUUUUCCCUAGGGGGGGUCUCACCCUCUGUGUCUACAUCCCUGUCUGGUAUCAACACUUUCAUCCCUGUGCUUUUAGGGAAAGAAACUGUCAGGGCUUCCGCCUAAGGCUCUGAGUUGGCUUGGUCCACUCGGCCACAGACCCCAUCCCUGGGCUGCCCCAUUCUAAAUCUGACUCCAUAUCUGCCCCAGGAGGUUCAGUUUCUGUGUCUCCACACCUUCUCAGUUUCCUUUUCAGGCCUCAGGCCUUUUAUAUGCAGGUGAGCCCUGGCCUUCUCACCCACUGUUGUUGGGAGCUGGGGAGAGAAGCUUGAGGCCUCAGGGUUCUGGGGUUAAACCAGAAUCUUGGAUGUUGGGGAGGUGUUAUCUUCUCUGACUGUAAUUGCCCUUCCCCCACCCGGUCCAGCCUUCCACCAUUUGGUCACAAGGAUGCCUGCCUGAGGUUGGGAUACAAGGAAUCCCCUUGUCUGGGCCACAAUGUGGGCGUGUGGCAGGAAAAGACAGAGGCUCUUUGGUCUCCAGGCCCCAUCUUGGGAGGAGAGGAGAGCAAGGGAAGGUUUUCCUUCCUCCCUCCCUUAGAGCAAGCCCCCUCUACUCUUGAACCUGAGGAGGGAGCAGGGGACUGACCAUGGGGCUCAUCUCAGGACCCAAGUUAAUUACACCAAAGAAGGAAGCUGCCAAUCUGGGGCUCAGAGAGGCUACAGGCCUAGAGGCUGGUGGAGAUAAGGACUAUGACUGAUGUCAAUGAAUUCUUGGAGAUUAACCCUUUGGACCCCAGGAGACUGCCCCAUAUGUUGGCCCCUGUCUUUUGUGGGCCCUGAAAUUAGAUUACUGGAGGGGAAUAAAAGAGGAUUUCCGGAUAUUCAGCGUACCUUCCUGAGUUGAAGGAGUCUUCACCAAAUCCUGAAAUAACUCCUGCCAUUUCUCUGUUAUUCAGUUUUUGUUAGGGAAGGGAAGGAAGCCAAGUCUCUAUUUCCCUUAAACUCCUCAGGUGUUGUUCUGCAACUUCCAUCCCCAUCCUUCAUGGCUAUCCUCUAAAGACCCUCCUCCUCCCAUCCCCUCAAAGUGAAAGCAGUAUCCAGUGUAUGCUCUCAGCCUCUUCUCUUCAGCCUAUCAGACCUCUUUACUGCCCCUUAUGAAUCUGGGGCUUCUGACCCUUCUAGACUGGGAAUUCAAAUACCCUAUACCAUAGCCAUUUUAUUGUGUGCCCUUAAGUAACCAGAGCCAGAGUAACCACACUUCCUUAUGGAAGUCAUUGUAUUCCUUUUUCCUUUUUUUUUUUUUUUUUUUUCCCUUUGGUGCUGGGAAUUGAACUUGGAGUCACCUGUGUGCUAGGGACUGAGCUACAUUCCUAGCCCCUUUGUAUUCCUUUUCGAGUCUCACUUCAUAGCAGCUAACAACUUCUGAACUGAAGAGGUUGCCUGCCCCCUUAUGGCCAUCAUGCACCAUUGCCAGGGCUGCUGGGUGGAACCUCCAAGCUCAAAUACAGCCUUCCAGAAGACCAGCCCCCUGAGUGCACAGACAGGCUGGGGAGUCAGGCCUAAAGAAGAUGUAGAUUUGCCCAGCAUUACCCUUUGUGAAACUGUGGCAAUGCCUAGGUUAGAAAACCCAGAUUGCAGGCUGGGGAGAUAGCUCAGUCAGUAGAGUGCUUGCAUUACAAGCACAAGUCCCUGAGUUCGAUCCCCAGCACCACAGAG